AUGCCAAAGAAAGACCGAGAGCGGACAUCAAAGAGGGAAAAAAAGAGUGAGAAGCAAGAAUUCGUCGUCGAAAGGAUCGAGCAGCGGUGGCAGGCUGAAGACGAUCUAAAACUAAAGAUUGCUAUCGAGCAGUUGCACGAUCUUGAAUUGGUUCAUAAUGCCGUUACUUUUUCCUGUUACUUUACCUUGUCGGAAAUCGAAGAUAGGUGGCGAAAAUUGCUUACGGGGAAAAAUGUAGCCGCCGCGGCGAGUUCUGAAAUAUCAGCUCUCAGUCUCAACGCGUUCAAGAAGGCUGUGAAAGAGAGCUGUUUAUUUUCGGAAAAGGAGAACGAAAUUAUUAUUGAAGAGAUCGGCGCAAUCAAGGAUCCUUCGCUCGGUUACUUUGCUAGGUUUUUGAAUUCGAAUGCUGCCCGUUUCCACAGCUGUCGUACGCCAGCGUCCCUUUACGAGCAAUGGAAAUUGCUUUACAAAUAUCGAUUGCACAAUGACCAAACGUUACCUCAUCCGUCGAUGAGCCUUCAACAUCAGGAUGUGCUCACUCUGGACCUGGAUUUGAACGAGAUCGACUAUGAGACGCACCAUCGUUUGCGACAGCAGCGUGCCGAAAUGCAAAAGAUGCACGAAAUUCUCAACACAAUGGAAUUGAUUCAGAAGUAUAAAGAAGAAGAAAAAGAGAAAGUUAAGUCUGCAGCAAACGGAAAUAAAAGCCCUUGCGACUGUCCCCGUCCUGCCGCAGAAAAUGGCCGCAGAAGGCCCUGUGCCUGCCGUCCCCCUGCCACCGCUGUCCCCGCAGAUGAAGCCCCAAAUACAUUACCUGCCAUUCCCCGAAAAAAUACAGAAAGCUCUCCUGACAAACUCAAAAAGUAUUGCGCUCACAUCUACGGAGAUUUUACCUCUUUUUAUUUCCCCGAUGAACUCGAUCAGAUAACAAUAGGGCGGGGAGAUGUUGAUGUCGAUCUAACGAAGGAAAUCGGUUCUUCUCGCGUUAACAGGCGGCAGUGUUUGAUAAGCAAAUCUGUCGAAAAAUCGAAAAAUGUUUUCCUUCUGAGAAAUUGCGGAGACCGACCUGUUAUUGUCGACGGCUUGCAGAUUGGGCCUAAUGCAACAAGCUGGCUGUCGUAUAAUUCGCUGAUCCAAGUCCAGACCGUGAAUUUAAUAUUUAGAAGGCUAGAUUACUAA